AUGGCCGUGGCGGCACGGGAAGGCGCUCGCGGCGGCGGCGGCGACGCGUGGGCGGAGAUCCUGGCCAGCGGCGGCGGCGGCGGGCCUCGCAUCGGCGCGGUGUACGAGCGCCGCCGGGCGCAGGAGGCGUCGAGGCAGAGGAACGCGGACGCGAGAGGCGGCGUCGCGGCGGCUGUCGAGAACCGGCCGAGCUUCGCGCCGGUCAAGCGGACCAGCUGGAACCGGUCGCUCUCCAUCAGAGGGCGGGAAAGUAUAUUUUUUGCACCCGGGACAAAUCUUCAGCCUCAACAGAAACUCUGCAGAGCACUCAAACGACCACCAAAACCGUGUAACAGAGUGAAAAAACCUCUUGGAGGGCCACCCGACUUGAGUAAAGAAAAGGCUUAUUUUGAAGAAGUCGAUGCUUUUGAGCUGAUGGAAGAGAGCCCUUCGCCCAAGAACUUUGGCACAUGGGCAGGAGGGAUGGAGCAGAGUCUCAUUGUGCAUGAUCUGCCUGCAAUAUUGGAGAGGUGGAAAAUCUUCAAGCUUGCAAGAUGUGCAGCAUCCAAUCAAUUGUUUGAUAUCAUGGAGACCCCACUUAUCCCAUCAGUCAUCAGUAACUGCAGUACAGAAAAUUAUUCUGAAAAAGCUUAUAGGACACCUGAAAAGGACAGAGGGUCAGGGAUGCACCCAACAAGAAGGACAAUCCUUUCAGGAUACACUAAUGAGAGUACAAAGAACAUUGCAGGCGAAACCAGCAUUGUCACGUCCUUUAGUGAGCUUAACAUUGAGGAACCCCCCCGCAUCAGCAUUCCUUCAUCAAGUGGUGAAGCUCUGACUGCCUCUGCACAACUUCUCAUGGUUUGCAGGCAAUCUGCACCAGCUACUUUAGCAGAUGUUUUUUCUGCUUACUGCAAGUUAGACAGCAUAGUGAAGCUUGGUGAAGGAACUUAUGGCGAGGCCUACAGGGCUGGAAGCACUGUCUGUAAAGUGGUACCCUUCGAUGGGGAUUCAUUGGUCAAUGGAGAGACUCAGAAGAAAUCGGAAGAAGUACUCGAGGAAGCUUUGCUUUGUCUAACACUAAAUAAUUUGAGAACGGACCAGGGAGAUAAAGGAAAAGACUAUUCAUGCGAUGGCUUCAUUGAGACUAAAGACUUUUGGGUUUGUAAGGGACCAUAUGACCCUUCACUGAUUAGUGCUUGGGAAGAUUGGGAUUCCAAACAUGAAUCUGAGAAUGAUCAUCCAAAGGACUUCUCAAACGAUCAGCAUUAUAUUAUCUUUGUACAAGCAGACGGUGGGAGAGACCUUGAAAAAUUCGCUUUACUCGACUAUAAUGAGGCUCGCAGUCUACUGCUUCAAGUUACUGCCUCCUUAGCUGUAGCUGAGAGUGCCUGCGAAUUUGAACAUCGAGAUUUGCAUUGGGGUAAUAUUCUUUUGGCUCGUGAUGAAAUGUCAAACAAGGAUCAUACAAUGAGCAUCACUCUUCAAGGGAAGAGGAUUCGUGCUAGAACUUUUGGUUUGACCAUCUCCAUAAUUGACUUCACUCUUUCUCGGAUCAAUACAGGGAAUGCCAUUCUCUUUCUUGACCUGUCUGAGGACCCUGACUUAUUUAAAGGACCAAAAGGAGACAAGCAGGCAGAAACUUAUCGCAAGAUGAAACAAAUUACCAAGGAAUGCUGGGAAGGCAGCUUCCCAAAGACGAAUGUCGUCUGGCUAAUUUACCUUGUGGAUAUUGUGCUACAGAAGAAAUACGAGGCGUGCAACUCCACAGAUGAGAGAGAGCUCCGGUCGUUCAAGAAACGGCUUUCCUCGUGCGGUUCUGCUAGAGAUUGCCUUGCUGAUCCCAUUUUCAGCGAUCUGCUGUUGGAAGAGGAGGAUGUGCGACCCUCAGCAAUGCCUCCCCUGUAG